UGAAUGCAUGUGGUUUAUUGUGGUGAGCAGAUGAACAACUAAAGUACAAGAAAGAAGUGUGUUUGGGCAUGUGUGUUCAUAUGUGUUCGUAUGUGUCUUUGUGCACGUGUGCUCAUAAUGUCAGCACCAGUGUGUAAAGAUCAGCUUCAAUGUCAUGAGCAAAUGAGGGUUUUUUUAAGUGUGAUUUUGUAAUUAAGUGUCUAUUAGAAUGAUUUGCUCUCAUCUGUGUGCUGUGUUCCUGUUCUUCUUGUGUGGUGUGUUUGGUGUUGAUACAGAUGGAUUGAAGUCAGUGUCGGUGAUGGAGGGAGAUUCUGUCACUCUACACACUAAUCUUACUGUAAUACAGAGAGACGAUCUGAUAGUGUGGAUGUUUGGACCUCAAGAGACUCGUAUAGCUGAAAUCUAUAAGCAGAUCAUUGAUAUGUUUGAUAGUAAUGAGACAUUUGGAGACAAACUGCAGCUGGAUUAUCAGACUGGAUCUCUCAUCAUCAGAAACAUCACAAUCAAACACUCUGGACUUUAUAAACUACUGAUCAUCAGUAACAGAGGAACUUCAUACAAGAGAUUCAGUGUUACUGUAUACGCACCUCUUCCUGUUCCUGUCAUCAUCAGAGACUCUUGUCAAUGUUCUUCAUCAUCUGAAAGUUCAUCUAAAUGUGUGUUGGAGUGUUCAGUGGUGAAUGUGACACAGGUGACUCUCUCCUGGUACAAAGGAAACAGUUUAUUCUCCUCCAUCAGUGUGUCUGAUCUCAACAGCAGUCUCUCUCUACCUCUGGAGGUGGAAUAUCAGGAGAACAACAUCUACAGCUGUGUGGUGUCCAAUCACAUCAGAAACCAGACUAAACAUCUCAACAUUACUGAAGUCUGUCAGACGUGUCCAGGAUUUUUACGUCUCUCAUAUCUUAUACUGCUGACUUUAGCUGCUGUAGUCCCAGUGUUCAUCUCGACAUGUGUGAUAUGCUGUGGCUGCAGGAAAUGUAGAAAACAAGGACAGGAAGAUCAGACAAUCAAAGUGACAGAAUACACACAGAUCAUCUAUUACAGUCUUCAGAUGACAGAUCUGUCACAGAAAUCAUAUGAGGAUGUGAACAGAACUGUGAAUGCUGUGACGUAUCAACACACAACACAAUGAAACUCAACACAGCAGCUGUUCUGCAUCAUUAUUAGUGUUAGAAAAAGAGAAUAUAAUCACAGUUUAGGCUAAAUUAACCAGUGCUUCAAGCAAUAUGUGAGCUGUUCAGCUAAACGUGUUUGUAUUAUAUAAGUGUAUAUGAAAUGCUUUGAUGGAUGUUGUUGAACAUAAAAGCACCAUAACUCGUGUUUUCUGUGGCAUUACACUGAACUGUAUCAUCCUGGAUGAUACGAACAUUUAAGAGGCUGGGGAGAGGAGCAGUGAGUGAGUCGGUCACAUUUUUUGGAAAAAUAAUUAAAAGGGGGUCCCGGCAAAUUCUGAGAACAUGUGUCUUUUUAUCUAAAGUCAGGCAUCAACUCACAAUCUUUAUCUAAAAGUAAAAAGGCAGCAGUUUGUGAGAAGGCAGCUGACCUCAAUGCAAAUGCUCCUACUGUAUCUUUUCAAUGUUAUUUUCAUGAUUUAUAC